GGAUAUCCAAUUUAAGACGUUGUGGUUGAACUAUACUCAUUGUUGGACAAACUUUAGCAAAACAAAAUAAAGCCGAUUACAGAAGAUGCUACUGUUCAUUGCUGAACAUGUUGAGAAGCUAUGGGAUAGUUGGAAUAUCAGAGGACUUACCAUUCUAAGCCUCUUGCUACAGUCUUUCCUAAUUCUGUUUGCACCAUUAAGAAGGCGAAGAAGUGAGAAAUGGAUCAUCAUGAUUCCACUCUGGAUAGCGUACCUGUUUGCGGAUUGGGUGGCCACAUUUCCUAUUGCGAUGCGUGCUGAACGCAGUGACAUCCUGGCCUUUUGGGCGCCCUUUCUUUUGUUGCAUCUUGGUGGCCCUGACACUAUUACUUCCUUCUCUCUGGAGGACAAUGAAUUCUGGAUUAGGCACUUGCUUGGGCUCAUAUUACAAGUUUGUUCGACUAUCUAUGUUAUCCUUCAGUCACCCCCACAUAACAAACUUUGGCUUCCAACUCUCCUAGUUUUAAUUGCAGGGAUAAUCAAAUAUGCUGAGCGCAACCGAGCCUUUUAUCUCGCAAGCUUUGACCAUCUUGGGAAUAAUUGGGAAUCUCUAUCAAGUGUUGUCCCUUAUGAACAUCUUGCAAUGUCUCCCAUUCCAGUACAAUUUGAACAAGCUAAUCGGUCACGGUUUAUAGAGGUUUGGCGAAGACAUGACCCAUGGUCGAUAAUUCUUGCGGCAGCAUGCACGAUUGGCGCUACCAAGAGCUCGAUUGUAGGUCCUCCCAUGACUAAAGAAGAACAAUAUUGUUUUAGUCAUUUAAUGGAAAAUAGAGAUUCACAUGAGAUGCUUCGAACCAUAGAGAUCCAAUUAAGCCUCUUGUAUGAGCUUCUUCAUACCAAGUUGCCCAUAGUUGAUUCCAAGAUUGGUUAUAUUUGCCGCACAGUUAACUUUGGUUGCAUCUUGGGAGCCCUGGUGUCAUUCUCAAUAUUACUUAAGAAGUACUACCAUAAUAAGUUUGGGGAGUUUGACAUUUGCCUAACAUAUGGGUUGCUGAUCGGGGCGUUGGCAUUGGAUUUGAUAUCCAUCUGUUUACUUCUGUCUUCUGAUUGGAUUAUUUGUAGGCAGUACUCCAACAAAAAGAAUUAUGAUGAAUUCAUUGAUAGGCGCAGAUGGUCUAACUCAGUUCCCCAAUUAAAUAUUUUUGCUUGUCGUUUUCCAAAUAAAGAUGGAGAUUAUCCAAACAAAUUGGUUGAUUUUCUUGGCACAAGGUUUGAAACCAUAAGAAGAAGAAUCCGAUGCAUGUCUUUCAAAAAUUUUGUAGAAGAACAAGCUUGGAAGCUCAUUUUUACAAUGCCAAAAGAAAAGGGUAUUGGCGUGGCUGGCACGGAAAUCUUUGGUCCAUCUAGAAUUCUCACUGGUCAUAUUACCGCCUUCUCUUGGACACUCAACAAGUUUGAACACAUGGAUAGCCUCCUGAUAUGGCACAUAGCCACUGAAAUAUGCUACCAAAAAGAAUGUUCUGAUGAUAGCUCUAGCAGUUCUACCUCUACAUCUGCCAAUUGUUUUGAUCACCGAAAAAUAUGCAAGUUGAUUUCAGAUUAUAUGUUUUACCUUUUGGUAAUGGAGCCCACUACGGUAGCCACCUCGCCUAACAAUUUGAAGAUAGUUUUUGAAGUCACAGACCAAUAUCAAAAAUGGAAGUGGCAUUUCAGCGAAGAUGAAAAGGGAUCCAAAGUACCAUUCAUUAAAGAUCUAGAAGACAACAAACACAUUUUUGGUAAUAUAGAUGAAGAUCUGUUGAAGGAAGAUGUAGACAAGUUACCCCCCAUUCUAAAGGCAGAGAUAGCUAGAUUUUCGAGAAUAGCUGUUGCACGUUUUCUUGCCAAGGGGCUUCUCAAUCAGCCCGGUGGUUGUCCGUGGGAAUUAAUGGGCAGAUUUUGGGUAGAAAUACUAUGCUAUGCUGCUAUGAAUUGCCAACCCAUUGUGCAUGCCAGACAAGUAAGCAAAGGUGGACAACUUCUCACCUUGGUUUGGUUGUUGAUUAAUUACUUGGGAUUAACUCCUCCUUCAAUGGAACCAACCCCAGAACUUUUUUCACAGCCUUAUAUUGCAUCGCUGAAGGACCAACUACGGAGUAGAAGACAGCAGGGGGAGCCAGAAAAUUUUUGAAAAGAAAAUUUUGGGGCGGCCUCUUCUAUUCUUGUUUCUUCAUAAGGAGGAGACCAGUCAAGAGGUGGAGAUCACCUCAGCCACUUCAUGAAAUCAUUUGUCAAGUUUAAUUCCAGAGUGUUCCUUCUCUGCUUAUAUUUCAUUUUGACUUCAUGCUUAAUUUGGAAAUCUCAUGUUAAUUUAUUUGUACUGAUGCAUUGUAUUCUAUUUAUGAUUGUGUUGUGUGUUGUUGUUUUGGAAGCAUGUAUUUUAGUUCAAGACAGUAAUAUAUUACCAUGCUAUAG